AAAUUGGCUGUUCAGAUUUUUAAGGGUUUUCCGCCCUAAAAAAUGCUAUACGACUCAAUUACAUCAGUGUGAACCAAAAUACAUUCUAUCCCUAUUUGUUUUGUAUAAAUUUCUCUCAGAAUCCCGUUGCUUUUUACCUCGUGAAGAGUUCGAUGUCGAUGAAUUUAAGAACAAAAGCUUCAAUUCUCGAACGACCUACAUUCUUUUAUGGCGGGAAGUCUUCAUUCUUUGCUUUAUGCAAUCGUCAACUGAGAAUCUCAGCCCGGACGUCGCCAAGAAUUCUGCUUCAUCCUCGUCUGAUGACGAUAAAUUGCGUCCAUCCUCAUAUUCUCAGAAAUGCCUGCAAGUCGAAGUUCCCGGAGGAUGAGGUGAUAAACGGUAGCGUCUAUUUGGAUUCUGUGAUAAGAGAAAAGGACACCGGGAAAGUGGGAGGCUCUGCCGAUGUCAAGUUAGAGUUUUAUGAGGUGUUGGUCAAGCGUGGAUUUUUGUUAGUCGUUAUGGUUUGUGGGGCUUUUGUGAUUGGGUGCCAAGGAGUUUUUGCAAUGGAAGGGGCUCUGAGUGCGGGUUACAGAACAUUUGGACAGGGUGGGAUGUUACUUCGGGAUGUGUGGCCGAAAUUAUUACAGGGUUUAUGUUUCUUUAAAGAACAAGGCUUGAUUUUGGCUGUGCUUUUGGGUCUUUCUGCAUUCUUUUCCAUGGCGGAGACCUCAAUAACGACGCUAUGGCCUUGGAAGGUGCGUGAAUUGGCUGAGAAAGAGCCUGAAAAUGGUGUUUUCAGAAUGCUUCGCAGUGAUGUUACACGGUUCCUGACAACAAUUCUUAUUGGCACAACUGUGGUUAACAUUGGAGCAACUGCGUUAGUCACAGAGGCAGCAACAGCCAUUUUUGGUGAAGCUGGUGUCAGUGCAGCAACUGGAGUUAUGACUGUUGCUAUUUUGCUCCUUACAGAGAUUACUCCAAAAAGUAUAGCAGUUCACAAUGCUACAGAGGUUGCUAGGUUUGUGGUCAGGCCAGUGGCAUGGCUUUCAUUAAUACUGUAUCCUGUGGGAAGAGUUGUAACCUUUCUAUCAAUGGGAAUGCUUAAAAUGCUUGGUUUGAAAGGAAGAAGUGAACCAUAUGUUACUGAAGAUGAGUUGAAGUUGAUGCUGCGAGGGGCAGAGCUGAGUGGAGCAAUUGAGGAGGAAGAACAGGAUAUGAUUGAAAAUGUUUUAGAGAUUAAAGAUACACAUGUGAGGGAGGUAAUGACUCCUCUGGUAGAUGUAGUUGCAAUUGAUGCUAGUGCAACUCCUACUGAUUUCCACAACUUGUGGGUUACUCAUCAAUAUUCCAGGGUGCCUGUUUUUGAGCAACGUGUUGACAACAUUGUGGGUAUUGUAUAUGCAAUGGAUCUACUUGAUUAUGUUCAAAAGGGUGAGCUACUGGAGACUUCCACUGUGAGGGAUAUCGCACACAAGGCAUAUUUUGUUCCUGAUUCCAUGUCUGUCUGGAAUUUACUUAGAGAGUUUCGCAUCAGAAAGGUUCACAUGGCUGUUGUUCUUAAUGAAUAUGGUGGAACUGUAGGAAUAGCGACUCUGGAAGAUGUUGUUGAAGAAAUUGUUGGUGAAAUCUUUGAUGAGAAUGAUUCCAAGGAAGAGAUUCAGAAAAAAACAGGAUAUGUUGUAAUGAGAGCAGAGGGAAUAUUUGAUGUGGAUGCAAAUACUUCCAUUGAUCAUCUUUCAGAAGAUCUAAAUGUCAAAAUGCCAGAGGGCCAUCAUUAUGAAACAGUAUCAGGUUUUGUCUGUGAGGCUUUUGGAUAUAUUCCCAGAACAGGUGAGAGUAUCAAAGUUGUACUAGAAAAGGCGAACCGAGAGGAAGAUGAUGAAUACAGCAAAGUGGAAUCUGACCACCGAGAUCAGAAGGAAAAACAUCAAAUUUUUAAAAUGGAGACACUCUUAAAGGUUCAGACUCCUUCAAGCUAUUAGUAUUGGAGCUUAUGGUUGUCUCACAGUUUUCUUACAAAGCGGCAGAUCCUCUAGGAAAAGAUUCACCAAUAACUAGUGUUAUUACGUUCUGCCAACAGUAAAAUGGCAACUGUAUGGUCUCCUGAGCAUGUUCAUACGGCCCCAUAUUCCAGUGGAAUACAAGAUUUCUAAUGAAAAAAUAAAAGAUCUGUGAUAUUUGCCUUUCCUUAUUCUAUGUGAUGCUUACCAUUGUAUCUGGAGGUGAUAUCAUGACAUCUAGCAGCAGCUCAAGACAAGUAUGAUGCCAUUUCUUCUUGUUCAAGUGGGUUAGGU